UUCAGAUUUAAAUUGAAAUAAAUGACUGAUUGAGUAAAAGAACUGAGCACUAGUAUGCUGGCCUGGCUUAGGAGUAUGGGGAACUGUUUGAAAGCCCCAACCCAGGACGAUAUUUCAUUGCUUAGGGAUGGAGGGAAUAACAGUGUUUCUACUGAACGAUUGGAAACCUCUUCUUCUUAUGCCGAGGAGAAUUCUCAGACUGCUCCGGUAUAUUAUCCAUCACCCAACGUCUCAAGGUCUGCUAGUCAGUUAACAGAGGAGGAACAGGUUAAAAUAGCUCAACGGAUUGGUUUGAUCCAACAUCUACCAACAGGAACUUUUGAUGGCUGUAAGAAGAACAGAGAAUGCGUAAUCUGUAUGAUUGAAUUUAAUGUCGGUGAUCUGAUCAGAUAUCUACCCUGCAUGCAUACAUAUCAUACAGUCUGCAUUGAUGAUUGGCUUAUGAGAUCUUUUACGUGUCCUUCAUGUAUGGAACCGGUGGAUGCGGCACUGCUAGUCGCCUAUGAUUCUAACUAAGCAGAGUGGACGCCAGCUUGCAGAAAACAUUUACCAUUCAUACUGAUCAAAUUUUGAGUUCUGAUCAGGGUAAUGAUCUUUCCAAAGAAAACAUCAAAGCGCAGAGCUGUUCACAAUGAAGCUCAUAUAAGAGAAGUGAUCUUUCCAAAGAAGAUCAACAAAGCUGUGAGCUGUUUAAAUCAUAGCUUAAUAGGAAUAACAAUAUUUCUAAAGAAGAUAAUAAAACUCUGAGCUGUUAACAUCAUUAUGAUCAACAAAACUGCUCUGCAAGAUUCUAUAUUGAUCUUAAAAUCAGAUCAGAAAUAACCCCAGUCACUUGAUCUUUUGCCUGAAUUUUAAAAAUCUACUGAACAUGGAGAAGUUAAUGAAUGAUAAUAAGUUGCUGAAUUAGGUUAAGUUAACAAGGCCACAACAGAAAAUUAUUUUAUUUAUCCUUACCUAGUUUAACUACUUCUUAGCAUUGAUAAAUUCCUGCCUUC